UGUAGCUGCUCGGAAAGUGAGGUUUGUGAUCCUGAGUGGAACCGCCGGCAUCUGGAGCUGGCGCUGCCGCUGGUGUCUCUUGAGCAGCCGUGGCGCAGUUUGUAUUCUGUCUGAACAUGGAUACUAGCAGUGUUGCAGAAUCUACAAACUGUCUUCCUAACGAAAAUACUGCAAAUAAAAGCAGUGAUAUCUCAACUUCUGCAGAUAUGAAUAUUUCACUCGAUGCAUCAGAGUCCUGUUCAGAAAGGGAACAGAGGUCCACUACUGAUGAAACCGGUUCCCUUAAGACACCGCCUGUUAAUGAGCAAGUCACAGUAAAGUUGAAUACUGAUGGAGGCAAUGAGGUAUGGAUUAAACCGAAAAGUUUCAGUGAAGGAAAUGGUGAAAGAAGAGAAUUGGGGGCUUUUUAUAAUGACUCUCCUUCAGGGGAAGGACACACUGGACCUUCGAUGUACAGAUUGAAUGAUCCUUGCGGAGCAGAUGAUGAGGGGAGCACCAUGGACUAUUUGUUACAGUCGGUGGAGUCUACAUGCAACAAAGAUGCAGUCGAUAUGAAAGAGGACACUGACAACAACAUUGCCGUAGAUUCUUCUCAUGGUCACCCUGAGCGUGUGGACAUAAUCGCAAAAGCAGGACUCUCAGAAUCAACACACCAACUUGACACACCUGCAGAUGUUGCAGCUCAUCAAGGAAAUUUGGGAACUGGGCCAAAUCUGGAAGAGAUUGAUCUAAAGGCAGAUAACUGUUCGCAACUGCUCCCCGAUCUGGCUAGAUCACCAGUUCCAGAGGAGGAAGAGGCAGAGGUGCUUUGUGAUGUAAAGACUGUGGAAGAUUCUGAGGGCACAAAAACUGCCAGAAAGCGUGAUAUACAAUGCAGUGAGUCAGAGCGAAAAAAACGUGACACCUGUGAGACUCCACCAAAAAUAACUUCCAGUGUGGUAACUUCACCAGAAACUGUUAAAGUUAAAGUGAAAAUGUCUCACUGUCAAACUGAUGCAACUAGUGACAAUGCUGAACAAACACAUAAGGACACGGAGGUUAAGGAAACUGUCCAAAAAUCCUCAAAAAGAGAAAAUUGUUCAUCUUCUGACAAAGCAAAUGUGAAGGAUAGUGCCACCACAAUGGUUAAUGUUAAGGAGGAAGACUAUGUUUCACGGCGACCACGGCGGACCACCAGAUUGUCUCUACAAGCAGCUCAGGCUCAGGCUCAAGCUGAAGCCCAAAUCCAUUCUUCUCGUUCACAAAGGCCUUCACGAUCCUUGGCAAAAGUAACUUGUGCUAACUGCAAAAAACCCCUGCAAAAGGGACAAACUGCAUACCAGAGAAAAGGGGCACCUCAGCUCUUCUGCUCUUCUGCAUGCCUCACAACCUAUUCUCAGAAGCCAUCAUCUACCAAGAUAUGCACAUUUUGCAACAAGGAUAUCUUGAAUACAAAAGAACUGGUUGUGGCACAGGCUGGUUCAAGUCAGUCCUUCCAGGAAUUCUGCAACUCAACUUGCCUAUCACUGUAUGAAGCCAAGCUGCUUAAGCCAGCUUCCUCAGAUGAUUCCUCAAGAUGCAGUAUCUGCAAUAAAAAAGGAAAGAUUCUGCAUGAAGUCAGUAAUGGAAACGUCGUCCAUCGGCUGUGCAGCAAUGCCUGUUUCAGCAAGUUCAGAGCAAGCAAUGGCCUGAAAACCAACUGUUGUGAUAACUGUGGGGUUUAUUUUUACAACCGAGGAUUUAUGCUUCAGUACUUGUAUCAUGAAGGACAACAGAGGAGGUUCUGUAACACAGGCUGUUUGAAUAUGUACAAAAAGAAAAACACAAAAGUGCUUCCUUGUGCUUGGUGCAAAACUUUGGGCAAGAAUUUCGACAUGAUAGCAAAUGUGGACACCACUGGAAAGAUGGGUUUUUUCUGUUCACUGUGCUGCAUCACUUCAUACAAAGUAAAACAGUCUGGCACAAUAGGACCCAAAACUAAAUGCAAAUUUUGUAAAAAGAAUCUUCCAGAGCGGGUUUAUUACAAUAUGACUGAUAGAGUUGUGCAUCAGUUCUGCAGCCCUAACUGUUGGACUAAUUUUCAGCAGUCCAGCCCUGAAGGUAGCAUACAACUGAACUGCACAUACUGCCACAAUAUUUUCACUGGGAAACCAGAAAUACUGGACUGGCAGGGCAGUGUUCGGCAGUUUUGUUGUAAGGUAUGCUGUGAAGAUUAUAAAAGGCUGCAUGGUGUUGUGUCCGUCUGUGAAUAUUGCAAGCAGGAGAAGAUACUGCAUGAGAAGAUUAAGUUUUCAGGAGUAGAAAAAAAUUUUUGUAGUGAAGGUUGUGUGCUUCUUUAUAAGCAGGACUUUACCAAAAACCUGGGCUUGUGCUGCAUCACGUGUGCUUACUGUUCCCAGACCUGUCAGAGGGCAGUGACCAAAGAGCUGGAUGGAAAUACAUGGGAUUUCUGUGGGGAGGAAUGCAAAAGCAAAUACCUACUGUGGUACUUCAAGGUAGCCAGAUGCCAUGCCUGCAAACGUCAGGGCAAGCUUCUGGAAACGGUACACUGGCGCGGGGAAAUUAAACACUUCUGCAACCAGCAGUGCCUCUUGCGCUUCUACAGUCAGCAAAACCAACCCAAUCUAGCGACGCAGAAGGGACCUGAAAGUCUACUCAACAAUGAGGCGCAGGAGUCUAAGAAUGCGACGUCUCCGACUCCCUCUCCGACUCCCUCUCCCACGCAGUUUGAAGCAUCUGUACAGACUCGGUCAUCGAAACAACAACCGCCACCUCCACCACCGUCACCACCAUCUCCACCCCCUGUGACACUGAAGAAUAAGGCUGUACUGUGUAAACCCUUGACUCAGAAUAAGGGCAUCUCCUGUAAACCUGAAAUGAAGUCCAAAGGAUGUCAAACAGAGGAAGAAUGGAAGCCACAACUGAUUGUGGUACCCAUCCCUGUGCCAGUCUUCAUACCAGUGCCUUUGCAUAUGUAUUGUCAAAACACACCAGUGCCUUUUUCUAUGCCAAUCCCGGUCCCUAUUCCGAUGUUCCUUCCUACUACUUUAGACAGUGCUGAUAAGAUAGUGGAGGCAAUAGAGGAACUGAAGGUCAAAAUUCCUUCAAACCCAUUUGAAGCUGAUAUACUCGCCAUGGCUGAGAUGAUAGCAGAGGCUGAGGAAAUGGAGAAAGCUUCAUCAGAUCUUUGUGAUCUUGCUAGCAAUCCAAGUGCCGAUGGCCUCCUGGAAGACUGUGACUUAUUUGGACCUGCCAGGGAUGACGUCUUGGCCAUGGCAGUUAAGAUGGCUAAUGUCUUAGAUGAACCAGGGCAGGAUUUGGAAGCUGACUUCCCCAAAACCCCAUUGGAACUUAACUCUGGUGUUGACUUCCUGUUUGAUUGUGGGAUCGUGACAACAGAUGAAGAACAGCCAGAAUCUGAAAUCCCACGAGCAGUCAGAAGGGGUCAGAAGCGGCUAAUGCUUUCAGAAAGUUGUUCACGUGAUUCUCUUGCUAGCCAACAGUGCUGUACUGGAUUAAAUUACUCGUAUGGCGUAAAUGCUUGGAAGUCCUGGCUCCAGGCUAAAUAUGCCAGUGGCGAUACCAGUAAAAGUGAAGAGCUCAGGUUUGGACCUAAACCGAUGAGGAUCAAAGAGGAUAUUUUAUCCUGCACUGCUGCAGAACUAAACUACGGGCUGGCUCAAUUUGUUAAAGAAGUGCAGAGGCCCAAUGGGGAGCGAUACGAGCCGGAUAGUGUUUACUACUUGUGUCUCGGAAUUCAACAGUUCUUGCUUGAAAACAACCGAAUGGUCAACAUAUUCACUGAUCUUUAUUACCUUACCUUUGUCCAAGAGUUGAAUAAAAUGCUACAAGGUUGGCAACCAAGUUUGCUUCCAAAUGGUUUGAUAUUCUCCCGGGUGGAGGAAGAGCAUCUCUGGGAAUGUAAGCAACUUGGAGUAUACUCGCCCUUUGUUCUCCUAAACACACUCAUGUUCUUUAACACCAAGUAUUUUGGACUGAAGUGUGUCGAAGAGCACAUGCGUCUGUCCUUCACUAAUGUUGUUCGGCAGUCCAGAAAGUGCACAACACCCAGAGGAACCACAAAGCUUGUCAGCAUUCGAUACUACAUGCCUGCUAAUUAUAAAAAAGGAAGGGAUCAAAGCAGCACCAUGGGAAAGAGGAAACGUGAAGAGGAAGUUGCUGUUUUAGAACAGAGAGAAAACAGAAUGAAUCCAUUAAGAUGCCCUGUGAAGUUUUAUGAAUUCUACCUCUCAAAAUGCCCUGAGAGUAUGAAGAGCAGGAAUGAUGUUUUCUACUUGCAGCCAGAGCGCUCCUGUGUGGCGGAGAGCCCCCUGUGGUACUCAGUCAUUCCCAUGGAUCGGAGUAUGUUGGAGAGCAUGCUGAAUAGAAUUAUGGCUGUGAAGGAAAUUUACGAUGACUAUUCGAAGGAUUCACUUGAAGAUGAUGAUGUUGAAGGAUGAUGAUUAGUAGAUAUUGUACAGAAUUCUGUUACUUUUAUUAGAAAAAAAACAAUGGGUCAUUAUAGGCUGGCCUACUUGGUGCUGCGGGAAGAAAAAAUACUACACACGUACUUGCAGAGUCAUGUGGCCUAUUGUGAGAGCAGAGACGGUUAGACUAUCGCCAUUGUUUAGAGACAGUAUCCCUUUUAGCUUGCGUGCAUUUGCUGACAAUCGGGUGUACGUAACAUUUUGCAGUGACCAAAAACUCUAACACAAACCUUAAACUCCUGCAGUCAGUAAGCAAACAGCUUUGUUCUUGCUUUGAAUGGAACAGCCAAGAUCUAUAGUGGAAUGCUCACUGCUGCAGUGGAAGAGUCCUCCAAUUAAUUGCAAUCCUUGGGAUUUUAAGAGUUGCUUAAAAUGAAAUGAUGGAUGCUGCAAAAUAGCCUGCCUUCCCAUUGUGCUUCCAUUUUGUUUUGAGAAAAAGAGCUUCAGAGGGGUAAUGGAGAGCAAGGGGAGAGAUUGAAGUUAAAUAUGUCUAGAAGUUAUUGCCUUGCAUACCUUUUCUAGGAGAAUUUGAAGGUAAGCGGCAUAUCACUGAAGCAAACCUGGAUUUUACUCUUAAAAUAUCCUUGCAUUUGCUAUUACAUUACAGUUUAAUUCUCAGCUGUUCCCUUGUUGGAGCUUGGGAGAGGCAUGAAAAAGGAAAAACGUAUCCAAAGUGCAUGAAUAGAAAUUUAAAAAUAUAUUUUUAUAAUUAAUUUGAAAGUGGAAAAAAAGUAAUGUCAGCAAGUCAUCUAUCUCUUGAAAGGGUGUUUUCUGGUUCAAUCUGCUAAGUCUGAUUCAGAUAUCAGGGGUUGAAGAUCUAAGUGAAUGGUUGCUAGAGAAAAUGAAGAACAGAAGAAAUAAGGAACUUGAGCAUCAUAAAUUGACACUUCUUUAUAGCUCUUGCCUACCCCUCUGCUGUGUUUGAUGGUUUUUGUAUCUAUUUUUUUAAAAAUUAUUUUAUUUCAUUUUCUAUUAUAACCAAAAAGGCUGUGAACAUUUACAGGUGCUAGUUGUCGCCAUUUGUGGUAGUGCAGAGGACCUUGAAAUAUUGGAGACAGCAGGAAGGUUAUCCAGAAAGUACUUUUUUGUUCCCAGUUUCUUAAUUUUAAUUUGUUGAAAUGAGCCUUUUUAAUUCCUUCAUCUUUUCCCUCCACUGCUAUAGUAAGGAGCGAUGAUGCUUUCACAGCUUUACCUAUCAGACUGUGUCCAACUAAAUUUCUUUAGCCUCUCACAUGGUAGAUUAGAAUUUGAAGUGACAUUCAAAAAUAAACAAAGAUGUAGCUCAUGCAGAUAGCUAAUGGACUGAAAUAUCUGCUUCUGAUUUGGUCAUUCAUGGUUGAUGCGGUUAAGGCAAGCAAAUGGUGCUGCAUCCUCAUACAACACUUGUUCUAUCUUUCUACUGCCAAGUGGUUCAACAGAACUGUUGGAAAAAUUCAGUAUGUGUGGAAACUCAUGAGAAGGGGAUCAAAAAGGGGAUACUGUCUCUUAUGUGUAUUUCUGUAGUAUAUAUGAAUCUGUUUCAGUGAGCUAGAUCAGUGUAAAACCAAUCUGUUUUAAAAUGAUAAAUAUCUGCACAGUAUUCAGUUGGUAAGCUGAUGGUUUGCCAAGUUCUCUCUCAGUUUAAUUUUUUUUUAAAGAAAAAUUUAAAAGGUGCUUAUGCAAACUGGAUGAACCAUACAUUGAGGGAUUUACAAACUGCUGUACCACAAUCAUCAAUUGUUAAGAUUCCUAUAUCUAGAAGAAAGCAGUUGAGUUUCAUUCAAAUCAUUUCAGGAAGUGUUUUUUUUGAUGUGAUGUAACAUUUAGGGGGAAAAAAGUAUUUACAUGUCCGCAGUGAAGCAUUUUUAGGGUAUGUAGUGUAGGAACACUAUAAUGACCCUUUUAUAUCUUCCUUAUGUUGAAUUGUAAUCUGUGAAGAGCUAUGUCUUCUCCACUUAGAGUGAAAGAAAUUCUUGAUAGAUGGGUAAUUUGAAACAAUAAGAAUCUUGAUUUUAUUACGUAGAAUGGUGUAUGCUUCCAUGAUGCUAUCUUGUUUUGGAAAAAAGGGAUUAGAAGAAAGGUGGCCGAAGUUUGUUCCAGUGGACCCUGUUAAAUGGUAUCUGCUUCUAGAAAUGCAAUUGUAUAUUUGUUAGAUUCUUUCUAAUAAGUAAUAACAGUAAUAUUCAUUGAUCUGGGAUUCAGUCCAUUCAUCCAAUAAUGGCCAUUGGUUGUUUUACUGCUCCUAAGCCUAACCACACAGUCAUUGUAUAAAUUGUUGACCAAAGCUGAACUAUGUCAUCUUAUUUUAUUGAAAACGAUUGUAGAAAAGUGGCUGAAAACAUAAAGAUUAAUCGUGUUCUCCCCGUUA